AUGAAUGGAAUAGAUUUAAAUAUUUCUAUUGAAGUGGAUGAUUCUUCCGGUGUUGCACAAUAUAUACCCGAUCUCAAUAUUAUUGUUGAUUCAUUACCUAGUCCUAGUUUUAAUUCAAGUAAUUCAAUAGAUGAGCCUUCUUCAGUCAAUCAAAUUUCGUUUGAUCUAAAUACUGAGCUAUCUGCAGAAGAUGAUAUACCAUUUGAUUCAGGACCACAAACAACACAUGAGGAGCCACAUAUAAACAUUGAUAGUAAUGGUAGUGAUGAUGAAGAGUUGUCACAAUCAUCAAGUACACCAAGAGAAUUAAGCAAUGAUAAACGUAUAGCAUUGUACGAAAUGCUACUCGCAAAGAGUGUGAACGGCAAAUUGGGACAAGGAGUACGGAAAAUGGUAGCAUCACAUUUUUCAGUAUCAUUGCGGACAGUUUAUCGCAUUUGGAAGCAAUCAGGUUAUGGUACACAAAAUGAUGUAUCCCAGAGAAAAGCAAAAAAUUGUGGUCGUAAGAGGAUUGAAAUUGACAUGAAUCGUUUUCGAGAAAUCCCUCUUAGAAAGCGGACAACUCUCCGGACUCUUGCUUGCUCAUUAGAUGUAAACAAAAGUACUUUGGGUAGACGUUUGAAAGGAAAAGAGAUACAAAGGCACUCAAAUACUAUAAAGCCUUUUUUGACAGAGCAAAAUAAGAUAUCUCGACUACAAUUCUGCUUGUCAAUGGUUGAUCGUGAUAGCAUUCCAGAUGACCCAAGUUUCAUUGAUAUGUACAAUAUUGUACAUAUUGAUGAAAAAUGGUUCUACAUGACUAAAAAGAAGCAGACUUACUACAUGCUCCCAGGUGAAGAAGAGCAGCUGCGAAGUUGCAAAAGUAGCAAUUAUAUACUUAAAAUAAUGUUUUUAGUCACUUUAGCUCGGCCACGGAUUGAUGCUUUAGGAAAUGUGUUGUUCUGUGGAAAAAUUGGUAUAUGGCCCUUUGUUAUACAAGAGGAAGCACAAAGAGGCAGUGUUAAUCGUCCUGCAGGAACGCUAGAGACAAAACCAAUAAGUGUAGUGAAUAGGGACGUCAUACGAUCAUUUUUAAUUGAUAAGGUUAUUCCUUCUAUAAAGGAAAAAUGGCCAAUUGGCGACUCUACUCAUCCAAUAUAUAUUCAACAAGAUAAUGCUCGAACUCAUGUCAAAAUAAACGAUGAUGAAUUUCGACAGGUAGCUUCACAAGAUGGAUUUGACAUCCGCCUAAUGUGUCAACCACCGAAUUCUCCUGAUAUGAAUGUUUUGGAUUUGGGAUUUUUCAGUGCUAUUCAAGCCUUACAACACCAAGAGGCUCCAAAAAAUAUUGACGAGCUUAUUAGUGUCGUUACCAAUGCUUAUGAAGUUUUCCCGGAACGUAUGUCCAAUUGCAUUUUUCUGACACUACAAUCGUGUAUGAAAGAAAUUAUGUGA